AUGAAUGCAUGGUUGAGAGGGUGUUUUCAGCUGCAAGGAGUCACAGAGGGUCAGGCGAUGCGCAUAUACUUCGUAGUGGAACCCGACAGUGGAAUAAGAGACUUGAGCGGCCGGAGCUUGCCGGCUUUCAGGAUUCCGGGGAGGAGCGAGGGGUUCUAUAGCGAUAUCUUUGGAUCGGACGACGAUGGCGGCCAGCGGAGGUCGAGAGAGCGAUCCAGGCCGAACUCGAAGGCGAAAUCCAACUCGUCGUCGGUGCUGAGCUCGGAGGAGCUCAGCCCUCUCCGCCCGAUCAUCGGAGAUGACGUGGCAUUGUCCUCCUUCGCUUCAAAGCUCAGACCACUAAAUGUACCAUGUAGAUGGAACUCAUCGACUAUGCUGCCUACCAAACAAGAAAAUUCGAAGAAACAAGGCACAGCUCUGCAUUGCAAUCGCACGUCUUUCACUGAAAACCAAGUUAUGGAAAAUGCACAUGAUGAAAGUUUUAGAAGCUCCUAUUUUGGGUUUACAAGAAAGGUCUUGUCCCCAGAAACCAUUAGUCUCGAACCCAAUUCGUAUCGAAGCGUCAAGCUAUCUGUGGAUGAUCUAGAGCUCAAUUCCCCAUCCUCAGCAGUCUCUUCACUCUGUCAAGAACAUGAGGCCAAAUUUGGGAUUCGGGAUCGUGUUUUUGAUUAUGAAAAAGAAGUAAUGCGAGCAGUAGAACGAGAAGAAGACGAUGAAGUGAUGAGCUCUUAUGUGAUUGAGAUAAAUUCUGAGCAUAGGGAGGGUACAUGUGAAGCAGGUGGUAUUGAAGAAGCAAUUGCUUGGGCCAAAGAGAAGUUUCAAACACACAGUAAUUCUGAGAAAGAAGGGAGCUUGACCCAACGGGAGAAUGAGCAGUCUGUUGAAAUGGAUCAAGAAGGUAGGCCUAAUAAUGUGGAUGAAUACUCAGAUCAUCAGCAGAGAGAUGAACUUCAUGAAAUGACUCAAUCUCCAGAGGAAGAAGAAGAAGAAGAAGAAGAAGAAGAAAGAACGUGGGUUGCUGAAGAUGAAAACCAACAUUCAGAAAAAGAGAUUGAAAUGGAGCUUUUGGAUGAAGACAUAAGGCUAUGGUCAACUGGCAGAGAAUCCAACAUUCGUUUGCUGCUUUCAACACUACAUCAUAUUCUAUGGGCUGAUAGUGGAUGGUAUGCAAUUCCUUUGACAAGCCUAAUAGAAAGUUCACAGGUCAAGAAAGCCUACCAGAAAGCAAGGCUCUGUCUCCACCCAGACAAACUGCAACAAAGAGGAGCAACACUUUCUCAAAAGCACCUUGCUGAAAAGGCCUUCUCCAUCCUCCAGGAUGCAUGGGCUCUGUUCAUCUCCCAAGAUGUGUUCAUUAUUUAGUGGAUCAUCUGAACUCCCUUGGAACUCAGUUUUGGCUUGAAGGUUGCAAUUGAAGAACCAGCAAGUUUUAAGUAUGCAAAAUGUUCAAACUUUGCAAUAUUCAUGAAGAAUCUCUGCACCAUGGACAUGGGUGAAAUGUAAAUUAGUGCAUGUCUUCAUGAAGAAUGUACAUUUUUCGAUUAA